CAAACAGUCAGCUACAGUAACUGGAAGGCUGAGAGGCUGUGAUAUACAGAGUGAGGUUUUCAGGUCUUACACAGCAGGUUAAUUCACCAUAGUCUCUCCUGUCCAAUCACAGUCAUGGACUGGGUCUAUUCAACACUCUGGCUGCUGGGUGUGUCUGUGUGUGAGUUUUGGGUUCCAGUCUCUUCUGCAGUGAUUGGCUGUGGGGAACCUGAACCGUUGCCGAAUGGAAGGGUGACGUUCAUAUCUGGCUCUCAGAACCAGCACCUCUCAGUCAUUCAGUACCAAUGCAAUGCGCAGUUCUACAGUCUUCCUGAAGGACAUAAAGGAAACUUCACAUGCUCAUCAGACGGAAAAUGGAAAGACCGCCUGAACAGCUCACUGAUUCCUCAAUGUAUCCCAGGUAACUCCAGUUUCACCCUUGAGUGUGUGUUUGUGUGUGUGUACUGUGUAUUGUAUCUUUUCUCUCCCUGUGUGUAUCUACAGUCAGUCUGUCUCUGGAUGACCAGUAGGGGUCUCUGUCUGUCCAUAGUGUGUGGUUGUCCUACAGUGAAACUUUCAGGAUUUGGAAGGAUUUUGGGGGGAAAGCCAGCUCCAGCUGGAUCCUUCCCCUGGCAGGUGUUGUUGACAGGUAAUGGUAGAGGAGGAGGGAUAGUGGUCGGGGACCGCUGGAUCAUGACUGCAGCACAUGUCCUGGAUCUAUAUCCCAGGGAAUUUCCUAGGGUAUAUGUUGGACACAACAAUGUGGAAAUGCUCAUCCAGUCUCCACCUCUUGAGGUCGCCUCUCUCCAUAUUCACCCUGAAUACAACAAUAUAGGUGAUGUAAACUACGACCAUGACAUCGCCCUGAUCCAUCUCAAACAUCCAAUCACAUUCAAUGCUCAUAUCAUGCCACUGUGUCUGCCAGCAAAGGACGCUAAAUAUCCGACUGGGCGGAAUGGCUUAAUUUCAGGAUUUGGCAACAAAGAGCUUGAUAUGACUACCAAUAACCUCAUGUAUGUUCCUCUACCUGUGGUGAACCAGACAAUCUGUAGAAAAUCUAUUGAGAAGGUGAAAAAUGAAAGAAAUCUCAGUCUAACAGACAACAUGCUCUGUGCUGGGAAUUCUGAGGGAGGCAAGGACUCCUGUACGGGAGACAGUGGAGGAGCGUACAUCCUGAAGGAGGGUGAUUAUUUCUGGGCAGCAGGGAUCGUCAGCUGGGGGAUUAACUGUGGAGAGCCUGGACAAUAUGGGGUCUACACCCGUGUGGCUAACUACGUAGACUGGAUCAAGAAGACCAUAGAGGAGGAAGAGCAAAAAACAAUCUGUGGAAGACCCAUGGUGUCCAUAGAAAUACACCAAAGGAUUCUGGGAGGAGAGGUAGCUCCAAAAGGAACAUUUCCCUGGCAGAUGCUUCUCAGUGUGGAAGGAGGCCGAUCAGGAGGGAUGGUCAUCGGGGACAGGUGGAUCCUGACUGCUGCUCAUGGCCUGGUGCAUCAACAUAACAACCAAGUCAUCAAGAAGAGUGGAGUUAUGGCAUACGUUGGCGACAACAAUGUGGAAAACCUCCUUCAGUCUCCACCUCUUGAAGUGGCCUCUCUCCAUCCUCACCCUGGGUACAGUAACACAGACGGUUUAUCCUUCAACCACGACAUUGCCUUGAUCAAGCUUCAACACCCACUCACAUUCAGUAGUUCCAUCAUGCAAGUGUGUCUGCCCGCAAAGGAUGCUGAAUACUCCACUGGAAGAGUUGGCUCAUCACUAAGCUAAGGACCCUGGGACUAAACACCUCCCUCUGCAACUCGAUCCAGGACUUUCUGAUGGACCGCCCCCAGGUGGUAAGUGUACGUAACAACAAAUCCGCAACACUGAUCCUCAACACAGGGGCCCCUCAGGGAUGCGUGCUCAGUCCCCUCCUAUGCUCCCAGGUCACUCAUGACUGCAUGGCCAGGCACGACUCCAACACCAUCAUGAAGUUUGCCGAUGACACAGCAGGCCUGAUCACAGAGAACAACGAGACAGCCUAUAGGGAGUAGGUCAGAGACCUGGCCAUGUGGUGCCAGGACAACAACCUCUCCCUCAACGUGAUCAAGACAAACAAGAUGAUUGUGGACUAUAGGAAAAGAAUUGCCAAGCACACCCCCAUUCUCAUCGACAGGGCUAUAGUAGAGCAGGUUGAGAGCUUCAAGCUCCUUGGUGUCCAUAUCCCCAACAAAUGAACAUGAUCCAUGCAUACCAAGACAGUCGUGAAGAGGGCACGACAAAAGCUAUUCCCCCGCAGGAGACUGAAAAGAUUUGGCAUGGGUCCUCAGAUCCUCAAAAGGUUUUACAGCACCAUCGAGACCAUCCUGAUGGGUUGCAUCACUGCCUGGUAUGGCAGCUGCUCAGCCUCCGACCGCAACCCACUAUAGAGGGUAGUGCGUACAGCCCAGUAGAUCACUGGGGCCAAGCUUCCUGCCAUUCAGGACCUCUGUACCAGGCGGUGUCAGAUGAAGGCCCUAAAAAUUGUCAAAGAGUCCAGCCAACCUAGUCAUAGACUGUUCUCUCUGCUACCGAACAGCAAGCAGUACCGGAGUGCCAAGUCUAGGUCCAAGAGGCUUCUAAACAGCUUCUUUCCCCAAGCCACAAGACUCCUGAACAUCUAAUCAAUUGGCUACCCAGACUAUCUACAUAGGUGUACAGCUGCCAAUUAUCAGCAACCAUCACUCCUGUGUUCCAAUGGCAUGUUGUGUUAGCCUUUUAAAAUGAUAAACUUGGAUAUGCUUAUUGAUCAUUAGAAAAUCAUUUUGCAAUUAUGUUAGCACAGCUGAAAACGGUUGUGCUGAUUAAAAAAGCAACAAAACUGGCCUUCAUUUGACUAGUUGAGUAUCUGGAGCAUCAGCAUUUGUGGAUUUGAUUAGAUGCUCAAAAUCACCAGAAACAAAGACCUUUCUUCUGAAACGCAUCAGUCUAUUCUUGUUUUGAGAAAGGAAGGCUAUUCCAUGUGAGAAAUUGCCAAGAAACUGAGGAUCUCGUACAACGCUGUGUACUACUCCCUUCACAGAACAGCGCAAACUGGCACUAACCAGACUAGAAAGAGUAGUGGGAGGCACUGGUGCACAACUGAGCAAGAGGACAAGUACAUUAGUGUCUAGUUUGAGAAACAGAUGCCUCACAAGUCCUCAACUGGCAGCUUCAUUAAAUAGUACCCGUAAAACACCAGUUUCAACGUCAACAGCGAAGAGGCGACUCCGGGACGCUGGCCUACUAGGCAGAGUUGCAAAGAAAAAGCCUUUUCUCUGGCCAAUAAAAUGAAAAGAUUGAGUUGGGCAUAACACAAACACUGGACAGAGGGAACUCUGCCUAGAAGGCCAGUAUUCCAGAGUCACCUCUUCACUGUUGACGUUGAGACUGGUGUUUUGCAUUGUUGUUUAAGGGCUUGUAAGUAAGCAUUUCACUGUAAGGUUUGUGUGCAGGGCAUGUGACAAACAUAGAUUUGGAUUUGAUUUGAAUUGGUGAGGUUGGGCAUGUGGUAAUGGCUGGAGCGGAAUCAGUGGAAAGGUAUGAACAACAUCAAACACAUGGUUUCCAUGUCUUUGAUGCAAUUCCAUUCGCUACGUUCCAGCCAUUAUUAUGUGCCGUCCUCCCCUCAGCAGUCCCUGGAAAUGUGGGCACAAUCUGAAUGUAGACAAGAUCAGGACGAAGGACCCAUGUUAGCACCAGGUAUAAACGGGGCUUCUCUCUCGGUCUCUCUCUCCCGCCCUCCCUC